CCGCUUCCGGCGGCUGAGGCACGAGGAUCCGGUGUUCCAGCAGCGGGAAAAUGCGGCCUUUGACUGAAGAGGAGACCCGUGUCAUGUUUGAGAAGAUAGCAAAAUACAUCGGGGAGAACCUUCAGCUGCUGGUCGACAGGCCCGACGGCACCUACUGUUUCAGGCUGCACAACGACCGGGUGUACUACGUGAGUGAAAAGAUCAUGAAGUUGGCCGCCAACGUCUCCGGUGACAAGCUGGUGUCGCUGGGGACCUGCUUUGGGAAAUUCACUAAGACCCAUAAAUUCCGGUUGCACAUCACAGCUCUGGAUUACCUCGCACCUUAUGCCAAGUACAAAGUAUGGAUAAAGCCAGGAGCAGAGCAGUCCUUCCUGUAUGGGAACCAUGUGUUAAAAUCUGGACUGGGUCGAAUCACUGAAAAUACUUCUCAGUACCAGGGAGUAGUGGUGUACUCCAUGGCAGACAUCCCUUUGGGUUUUGGGGUGGCAGCAAAGUCUACACAAGACUGCAGGAAAGUAGACCCCAUGGCGAUUGUGGUAUUUCAUCAGGCAGACAUUGGGGAAUAUGUGCGACAUGAAGAGACACUGACUUAAAAGAAAUCAUCGCAAAGACUUAUGGUUGUGUGGAAGGGCCUAGCUUUGUUUCCUGUGUCUGUGUAGGCUCCACCAUCAUGUUGAAUUUUGUCAACACUUUGACCUCUCCAGGGACUUCUUAGUUUAAUAUUCUCUCAGUUAUGGACAAAUGCAGGCUGGAUUCUUAUUAAGCAGAAAUGGGUCAAAAAUGGCAUUUCGGAUGUUUGUGUUUGUUACUAAAUAGAAUGUUGUGUUUUAUAUUUCAAUUAGAGGGCUUCUUAUUUUCAGGGAAAGGUUCUAAAUCAUUGGAAUUGACAAGAAUAGCUUAUUGUUAUCUGUGAUAACACUGUUUUCCAAACUCAUAAGAACACAACAGGUUUUUUUAUUUAUUAAUACUAUGAAAGAUAGAUAUUGCAGUAUGAGAAUAGUAGGCCAUGUCUAGGAUUUUACAAAUGAAAUUUGGAUAAAAUAUUAAAAGCAAUUUAUUCUGCUAAUUUUCCUUAUGGUAGGUGCUGUGUGGUUUGGAAGAAAACUUGGAUUCUAACCCUAGUUUUUAUACCUGCCAGCUCUAUGAUGCUUUAGAUGAGUCAUGAGUCAUUAAGCUUUAGUGUGCUUCAUUUUCUUCUGUUUCAAAAAACAGCUUUGAACAUCUACCUGAGAAUGGUUUUUGGAAUUAGAAAUCGUGAUUGUAAAGCAGCUAGCACAAGGCCUGGCAAAUGACAGGUGUGGAAUAAAUGGUAAGAACUAUUUUUAGGUUGCAUAUACUGAGUGUGUCUGCUACUAAGAGUAGGAUCUAAUAUGCAUAAUUUGAUUAUAUUAUUUUUGUUUUUCUAAGCUGUUUUCUUAGUCUUUCUUUACCCUGGAUGGUAGGAUCUCAGGUUGAAUGUUAUUUGCAUCACCUUUGUUUCCUAAAACAUUUUCCUUAUGAACCUUUACUUACUUUACUUGACAAAAAGCACUAAUCAGAGACCCAGAAAUAAUUUUCCUCCUUCAUUCUCCCCCAUGCUUCUCAAAAUCAUUUUUAGAAUUAUUAAAAAAUUUUUUUAAUGAAAAACAUUUCAGAGAAGUAUUUUUAAAACUAUCUGUAUUGAAAAACAGUGUCUCUAAUGAAUAUACUAUUUAUUUUAGAUUCCAAAGGUGACAUCUCUAAAAAUAAAACCCUUUUUAACUACCAAAAAAGCAUUCUACCAACUCCUGAUUUUGUAUGCAACAUAUAAAACCCAUAUAAAAACUGGGUUUUAUAUGUUUUUGUCCUGUUUUUUUCAACUCUUCGCCCUUCCAAGGUUCUCUGUUAACCUCUAAAUGGACUCUAAAUAGGUUAAAGGACCACUAUAUGAUGAACAGUAUUUUGAUGGUAGCAUUUAGUGCAUACUUUAGAAAUAGCAAAUGUCAAAACUUACACAUUUUUACUCUUUUAUUGCCAUUUUGCCUCUGUAGAUGAGGGCAAUAGACUAAAACUUUCUAAGAGGAGAAAUAGAUUUUUCCCCCAAUAACUUUACAAAAUUGAUUUAACCAAAGCUUUGACAAGCUUCUGCCCAGAGGAGGCGCCAGGGCACUGUAGUUAUUUUAGCUUAGCAUUUUGGCUUCUUUGUGUCUGUAGUCGUUGGGACAUUGAAGAGACGCUUCAAGAAAUGCAGUUGCAGGAUCCCAGAAAGAACUAUAACAAGGCUUUGGGCCAUCGACCACCAGUUCACAUAGUUAUAGUUUGAUUGGAGAAGGAAAAAGUCAGCCAUUUUCCUCAUGCGGGCAAAGUUGUAGUAACGCCACAUGUGAAAGAUAUUUUUCUGUACCUUUCGUGUACUUUCCUGUUGGACAGACAAUGAGAUAAGGAAAGGGCUCCUCCCUGCCUCCCUUCUAGCUUCCCCUGGGUGCUCACCAGUACUAACCUAAGUUAUUUGGAAGUUGAGUAACAUGAUUUUGUGAUAAGUAGUAAGUUAACUAUUGUAGUUGUUGAUAAAUGGUAAUUUUGCUGUAUAUGAAGAAAUGGCCUGGACUUAAGGUUAAUUUUUUUUUUUUUUUUAGUGAAAAACUUCAAUUUUGAAAUUAGAGAACUCUUCCAGGCAUCUCUAGGUUUAGAUACGCACUCAACACAUCAUUUUCCUGAGUAGUAUCUUCAGCUCUUGUAUAUGAUAGAAGACAAGGGCCUGCAAACUUACAGAGCCAGAUAGUAUAGUAAAUAUUUUAGGCUUUGCAGUCCUACAGUCUUUUACAACUACUGAACUCUGCCAUUGUAGCACAAAACAGCCAUAGACAAUAUGUAAUUGUCAACUGAGCAUGGCUGUGUCCCAGUAAAACUUCAUUUACAAAAGUAGGCAGUGGACUUCAGUGCAUCGAGAUGACUACCAUGAAAGUGCAAAGGCAUCCCACAGAAUGGGAGAAAGUACCUGUAAGUCAUUUAUCUGAUAAGGAACUUAUAUCCAGAAUAUAUUAAACUCUUAAAGCUCAAAAAACAAAAAGACAACCCAAUUUUAAAGUGGGCAAAGGAUUUAAAUAGACAUUUAUCCGAAGGAGAUAUUCCAAUAGUCAAAAAGCACAUGAAAAGAUGCUCAGUAUCAUUAGGGAGACAAUUCAAAAUCAGAAGAUACCAUUUCACACCCACUGGGGUGGCUAAUAAGACAGCAUGUUGGUGAGGAUGUGGAGAAACUGCAACCCUCAUUCACUGCUGGUGGGAGUGUAAAAUGGUUUAGCCGGUGUGGAAGACAGCAUUUCUUACAGUUAACCAAAGUCACUAUAUGACCCAGCAGAGUACACUACUUCUAUAUACACAGAAAUGAAAACACAAAAACUUGUAUACAAAUGUUCAUAUCAUUAUUCAUGAUAGCCAAAAACCAGAAAUAACCCAAAUGCUGUCGGUUGAUGCUUGGGUAAAUAAUGUGAUACGUUCAUACAGUGGAAUAUUAUUCAGCCAUAAAAAGGAAUGAGAUGCUAAUGCGUGCUACAAUGUGCAUGAGCUUUGAAAACACUAAAUGAAAGAAGCCAGAGAUAAAAGGCCACAUUGUAUGAUUUUACUCACAUGAAAUAUACAAAAUAGGCAAAUUUAUAGAGACAAAAAGACAAAUGAGUGAGUGCUUAGAGCUGGGAGGCAUGGGGAAUGGAUAGUGACCAAUGGGUAUGGAGUUUCUUUUGAGGGUGAUGAAACUUCUAGAAUCAGAUGCUGGUGAUUGCUGCAGGACCUUGGGAAUAUGCUAAAAACCACUGAAUUGUACAUUCUAAAAUGGUGAAUUAUAUAUAAAUUAAAACAAAACAGGCAGUGGACCAGCUUUGGCCUAUGAGCCAUAGUUUGCUAGUCCCUGGUAUAAAACAAAUGAGGAAUUUCAAGAGCUCCAAGUCAUAAAAACUAAAGGCUUCAAAUCCCUUUGCCUGUUUGGUUUCUACCCAAAUGAGUGCUCAGCUCAAAUGAUAUUACUCCCAUAUUUUUAAGCUUUUCUCCAAAUUUAAAAUCAGUUUCCACAGAUGUUUCUCUCCCACAAAACAAUUACCUCAAUUGCAUCCAGAGUAUCAUUCAUUUGUUUUCUUUCAUUCUUCUGUUUGUGGUCCAUCUCAGGCCCUUCAUAAAAGACUCCAAAGUUGAGGUACACUUGCACAGAACCAAAGUGAUUUUGCUGAUUUUUUAGACAAAGUUGAUAAAAACCUGUAGGAAUCCUUAGAUCAUUACCAAGUCUUGGUCUCCCACCCUUUGUUUAUCUUUCACUCUCUAAGUUUGAAGAUGUCUGUUCUCCAGUGGUCAGUAUACUACAUUAGCACCUUUUUUUUACUUAGCAAGUACAAAGAUCCAAUUUCUGAUCUUUGAAAGAAAGACACCCAUCUUACAUGAAACUUAUUUUACCAAAUAUUAUUUAUAAUAAUUGUUUUGCCAAAUAUUACUAACUAGUUGUAUACUGAAAAGAAAACAAUGUUUCCUCCCUCUUUUUCAACCUAUUAUCUCUUAUUAAGGAAUUUCUCAAAUUGAGUUGAAAUUAAGAGCUGGAGGAUACCAUCUUGAACUUAAACUAGGCAAAAAUUGAUGUGCUGUGAAUGAAACUAUCCUGCAGGUGUAACUAACUGCAAGGUGGUCUGUACAGGGACUGCUGGUUUUGGACAUGUACUGGUGCUGGUUCUUGGCUGGGGUUCUCUCCCCUUGUGAGGGAGUGGGGGAGGAGCGGGAUUAGAAAGGCAUGACAGUGUAUUUGUCGAAAUCAUUGGAAGGUACUACUGGCAUGUAGGGGCCAAAGAUGCUAACUAUCCUAUAAUGCUGAGUAUCCUGUGCUACAUAAUGAAGGAUCAUCUUAUGCUCCUGUUGAGAAAAAUCUUUUUUUGUACACCUGACUGGUAGAGAGUGCUGCUGAGUGGCGCUGUCCCGGGUGGGGACAGGUUCGAUCUGGCUAUGGAAUUUUCUGGUGACCGGAGAAAUGCUUUGUUGGGAAACAUGGAUAUUUUUCGUGGCCGUGUGUUUCCUCUUGUUCUGAGUCUGCUUUUUGGUAACUGGCUUAAGUAUUCUGGUGACUGGAAAGAGAUAUCCUAUAAUAAAUGUAUUGGAAUUCUGUAUCUUAAA